AUGCUAUCGUUGAGUCUCAAUGGACUCGGAUUUAGAGUUUACGCCACUGUUUACGACACAAACACUUCCGGCACACAAAUGCUGUCCAAAGAGUGUCGGUUCACCGCUCAGAUGGUUGUCAUCAAAAUGGAUGUCACUAACGAUCAGGAGGUCCGACAUGUCUACCAACAGGUAUCUGAAGAUCUCACCAAAAACAAUGGGGUUUUGUGGUCAGUGGUCAACAACGCGGGUAUUGGGCUAUUCGGACGUCUAGAUUGGGGUUCAUUAGAGUCCAUACAAAAUGUGUUUGAAGUCAACGUUUUCGGUGUAUUACGAGUCACCAGAAUAUUCCUGCCAUUAAUUAAACAGUCAAAA